AUGUUAAAACACGUAUUUAACCACUUGGAUGAGGACAACCCAGUACACAGCAGCGUCAUCAAGCUGUUUAAGGACGCAAAGACCCUGGUCACACAUUUCAAAAGGGCAGGGUUACAAAAAGCACUGGACCAGUCACUGAAGCAGGCUGUGGAGACGAGGUGGAACACCAGACUUGCCAUGCUCCAGUCAAUAAAUGAUGCUCUCAAGUCUGGUAAGCUGCACGACAUCCUGCUUCGCAGAAGCGAGCUCCGUUACCUCAACAACAUAGACUGUGACCUUCUUGAGGAUGUCAUCCAGCUCCUGAAACCUUUUGAUGAGGCUACCAGGCACCUCUCCAUCCAUCAGGCACCUACUCUUCACCUCGUCCUCCCAACCAAGGCAACCCUGCUGCAGGGUUUGUUGAUCCAGGAUGGAGAUAGUGCAAUUGUGAAAGAGCUGAAAGAGAAGUUGGCCCAGGCAGUGGAGUUGAAAUUCAAAAUCCACCUGUACCAUAAGCUAGCCACAGCUCUCUCUCCUAGCCUGAGGAGUUUCUUGAGGAAAACGCUCUCCGGUCAGGAGUAUGAGGAGGUCAUCAACACCCUGGCAGCACUCACAGAAACAGCAGGGACAGAGGAGAGAGCGAGAAGCCUUGAGAAGAAACAGGGUCCACCCCGAGAGGCAGUUCCCAGUCCCACAGAGGUGCACGACUUCUUUUCCUUUUGUGUUGAAAAGCAGCAACAGGAGGGGGACAGUGGUGGUAUUUCAGAGUCAUGGGGCCGCCAGUUUGUGGUACAGUACAUGAGUGACUCUAAGUUGACAGGCUUCCAGUCUCUGCUCAACUUCUGGCAUGAGAGGUCUGGUGGGCUAGUGCCAGUUGCCAAGAGGCUGCUAGCAAUACCAGCAACAAGCACUCCUUCUGAGC